CUCAUGGAUGCUGGUGUCCUGUCAUUUUUGUUUUUAUUCAUUCACAUCUUUUUUGUUGUUGUUGUUGCUGUUGCUGUUGCUGUUGUUGUUGUUGUUCCUGUUGCCGUGUCAAAAGAAUCAGUGUAUCUGUUCUAUAUAUCCAUCUUCCGUAUAACCGGGAGGUCUGUAUACUGGAUCAAGUCAGCCAAGCGAGUAGUGCGAAUGUCAGAUUGAUAGAUAGAGUAUAGGAUUGUAUAUACUUCUUUAGCCAUCUAACUCAAAUAUAACCAUGCAGUGAUGCUAG